AUGUUAAAAUUAUUAGUAAUCUUCACAACUGUACUAAGUUUGGGGCUAGCUCUACCCUCUGGUAUAGCUGCCGCGAUUGAUCAAGAUGUAGUUACUGAUUUCAAAAAUUUCGCUGUCCCUCUCUUAUUCAAAGAAAUAAACAGCAUGACAAAGCAAGAUAUCAUCUUACCCUAUGGGAAAAUAUCAAAUUUGAACAUCAAUGUUUUUGCAGAUGUAACCUAAGGAAUAAGUAUAAACUUCCUGCCAGAAAGGAAUGCAAUUAAAGUCUAAAUCAACAUGAUUUCUGGCUUGAUCCAAGGGGAUUUCAGUGUUUACAAAGUUCUACCAUGGCCAAUAGGUAGAGUUACAGCAGAUGGAAAUUUAAGAAUGAAUAUUUCUCCAGGAGGUAUAAAUCUUGGAAUUACUAUCAUUCUAUAGUCUCAGACUGGGAUUGAUAACAGAGCACUUCCAUCUUUUGUGGUAACUGAUACUGUUUUCAACUUCGAUCCUAGCAGAGUUGACAUUUAAUUGAAUGGUAAUGUGCUCGAUAUUCUUGGAAACUUAUUUGUUCAAGCUUUCAAAGGAGACAUCUUCUCAUUAGUUGGAUCUUUGAUGUAAAGUUCUAUUCCUCAACAACUUUAGACCUAAAUGAACAUGUAUUUCUUCAAUUAGAAAGGGUAUAUGGAAACUAACCCAUAAAGACCAGCCACUCCUCUCACUGAGAUCAAACUUAUUGAUGCUAGUAUUGGAACUAUCUAACUCAGUGCAGGGGAAUAUGUUCUUAACACAAUCCUCUACACUUUGUAUUUAGAUGAAAAACUAAAUGGAAAUUUUUCUUAAAAUUCAGUACCAGAUAACGUCAAAUAAUAUCUUAACACUUCUACUCUAGAUACUUAUUUCUCUGGGUUAAUAGACACUUAUGGUGAAAACUAACCUUGCUAACUUGAUCUAGUUCACUUGAUAUAACCUUCUGCUUCUGUCAAUAACGAUAAACUGCAUCUAUAAGUUUCUUUCAAUUUAUCAGUUUAUGCCACUGAUAAAAAUAUCAAGGCUGUGGAAUUAACAUUCUAGAAUUUGACAAUGGAUAUUUCCCUAAAAUACUCUAACUUCACUAUUCACCCAUCUCUAGUUAAUAUUAAUUUUGGAACGAUACUUGUACCAUUCAACACAGUAGAGGAUAUUGACUUAGAUGACCUUAUAGUAAAGCUUGACAUUAUUUCAAGUGGAUUGAUGUUUGGCAUCCUUGAUUUAGAAAAAGACCUCUAAAUCCCCAAGAGAUUGUGGAACAUGGUAGACAUUGUUGAUGCUGAUUUGAAACUUCAAAAUGGUGUGAUCAGUGCUAGAGUAACCCCUAAAUUCUCUGAGCCCUUUGUUCAGCCAAAGCUUGAAGCUAAAAACUAUGGCUUUUUAUCUUACUGA